AAACGGAAAAUAAAAUCAUCAGACGACGAAGACGGCUAUGAGCCGGACCGUGAGGCCACGCCGGUGGAUGGGAGUACCCCAAAUCGGAGAGUGAAACGCAAGGUCUGCAUGUCGGACGACGCACGACAGCGAGCUGUCGACAAGUCUCCGAACAAAGGCGCCUGCAUUCUAUCGAGGCUCAAUGACAGGACAGUCCAAUUUUGCCACGUACUUCCACGAGCCACAGACUCGUCAGUGGUAAGUUGA